CAACAGUCAACACAGGCGGGAGUUCAAAACAAAACUGGGCUCAAAUGCUCUCCCCAUCGGCCACUCUGAGCUCGAGGCCUAAAGCGACAGGGAGGAGGACCCUGCCCAGGCUGUCCCGGGGUUAGGAGGGAGAGAGUGUUCCAGGAGGAGGUUUGAGCUGAGCUCAGGCACAGGAUCUCUCUCUGUCUCUUUCUCUCUCUCUCACACACACACACACACACAGACACACACUUGCACCCAUGGGGAGCCACCCCACCCCUGGGCUCCAGAGAACCACAUCACCUGGGUACCGAUUGUCCCCCACCAGGCCGCCAACCUGUGUCUCCUCAGCUGCCCGGAUUGGCCCUAUGGUCAGCAGAGGUCUGGCUGGUGGCUGUCAGGCCCCCCAGGCUCUGAAGGCGCAGCGGGUGGCCCAGGGAGCUGCCUGCGGUGGCGGUGGCGUGCAGCAGGACCAGCUGUGGCGGGAGCUCCUGGAGGCCGAGCGUCGGGGCCAGCGGCGCUGGGUUCAGAACUGGAGUUUCCUGAAAGACUAUGACCCAAUGGGCAACAAGAAGGAGCCUGAGAAGUUGCCAGACCAUGUGCCUCUCUUUUCGGACACAGUUCCCAGUUCCACGAACCAGGCUGUGGGUAGCAGGCUGGACACGCCCCUGGGACAGACUCUCAUCCGCAUGGACUUCUUCUUCACAGAAGGGGCCCGGAAGAAGAAGCUGGAGGAUGAGAUGCAACCCAUCUAGGAGCAAGGAGGGCUGGGCUGGCCUUCCCCAGGUGGGUGUGGGUGGGGACAAGAGAUCCGGCCCACGACAGCACCAGUCAGCAACCCACACAAGGCAGCUUGGGUCUGCACUGUCUCUAAGCUGCAGGACGCUCUUCCGGCGGGCUGGCUCCAUGAGGUCACUCUUACAUACUUUUUACACGUGAGAUUCAGAGGACUCAGUAACUGGCCCCCAGCCAUACAACCCCCAGCCUUUCCAUCUUGAAAAC